AUGCUUGUUCGGUUGGUUAAUGCUGUGCUACAGCGUUUUCUUGGUCAGUAUGUAGAAAACAUCGAUACCGAGCGUCUCUCCUACAGUCUCGGUUACUCUGGGAACGUAGUCCUUACCGACCUUCAUCUCAAAGCCAAUGCUCUCAAUCACGUUUUGGGUCUCCCACUUCGGGUAAAGUCCGGUCUCAUUGCACGGGUUCAGCUGAGUAUCCCUUUAACCCAACUUCGAUCACAACCCUGGUGCAUCACAAUUGAGGAUGCUGAUCUCGUUAUUUAUCCUAACAAUAGCGAUGGCAUCGUUGCUGAUUCCGCUCCCUUGGAUGUCACUUCCGCAUCCACUAGUGUCAGUAUGAACGCCAGUGUAAUUGAGGAGUCUCGAAAAGCUUAUCUAGACCGCUUAGAAUCCCGUUGGUGGCAAGCGGUUAGGGAGGGUGGCCUUGUUGAUGCCGUUGCCACCACCUCUCCCACCGACUCUUCAUGGUGGUCUUACGGUGUUUCUCUCAUCUACGGCAUCGUCAGCAAUCUCCACGUCGAAAUUCGCAAUGUUCACCUUUCUUUUGUUGACGACAAUGGAUUGAUAGGCAGGCAUUUCACUUGGGGAAUUCGCCUUGAGCGGAUGACCGUUCAAGCUACUGAUGAGAGUUGGGCAAGACGUUCUUCAAAUCAACAAAUUGAGUUCAAGUCCAUUGAUAUUGUCGGAUUUUCCGUUUACUACAUGGAAGAGGAGAAGAGGAAACAAUGCUUCCUUGUUCCUCCUAGCCGAUUUUCAGUACAUUUUUUGCGCCGGACAACACCUGAACUUUUAACCAGUGAAUCUACACCCCGUAUCGAAGUGGAAGCAAAGUUAUCUGCGCUGGAUGUAGACAUUUCACAGGGUGUACUCGCCUACUCCUGUCGAUUGAUAGAAUUUUUCAAGCGGCAGUCCUUACCUCUACAUCGCCCGCUUUUGCGGCCUCUGAAGCAACCUGCCGCGUGGUGGAGAUACGCUGCUGGCGAGGUAGUGCCCGCUCUGUGGCGCCGCCAUCGAUGCUCUCAUUCCUCGGACUCGAUGCUUCGGGGUUUGGCGGAAGCCGCAGCUCUCACCAAUCGGUACGUGCGUGCGUAUGAGACCCACUUGCUUCGAGGUCUUGGUCUCGACGGUGAUGAUCUUGGAGAAGUUGAAGACCACGAAGCACUUGAGGAAACUAUGCCUCUCGACCGUGUAGUCCUUCUCCGACAGGUUGCUAUGCAACGAGCGGCAAGGGUGCUGAAGCAACAGAAGCCCCUAGUGAAGAGGUCGAAAGAUCCUCCUCCCACAAAUGGUCAGCGUUCUCAGUCCUGGUGGCCAAGUUUCCUCACUUCGACUGCUACUUCAGACGCCACUGUCGGUCAGGCCUCAACGGCAGAGGCCCAUACAACACUAGGAGGGGAGGAAGAAGACGAAGCGCCGCGUCCAUGGCGCCUCUGGUGGUGGUUCUCUACCGCUCCUCCUCCGCCCACUCCACAAACUGCUUUGAAUACGCAGACGGAAGUGGCCACCACUGCUGCUUCAGCGGAAGCUGCUCUGAUGCUGCUCAAUGAGUUAGUUGCAGCGCGCGAUAUCGGUCAGGUACUGACUCACGACCGACUGUUCUGUCGCCUUACCUGCCGUGUUGAUCGUUUCAGGCUAGGGUUGCAGGAGAAGAACGAUCAGAACUUAUGCGACUUGCGCGCGGACAACCUGGAGCUGUGUGUAGAGACACGUCCGCGCGAGGAGAGCUUGCAUUUCAGUGCUCGUCUGCAUUCUCUGUUGGUGAAGGAUGAGCGCUGUCGUAAUGGAAACCAGCGUCCCUUUUUCCCUAUUGUUGUCUCGCCCCUCCUACAUGCACCCUCGUCCUCUUCGUCGGACCUCUUUCGUCUGGACUAUACGUCCACACAACAAACCGAUGAGGCGUCGUCAAUGCCUGCCAGUUUGAACAUUCGGACUGAUCCUCUGCGUGUGGUCUGUCAACCCGAACUCUUCAACCGCGUUGUGCACUUCCUCACCUACGCAUUCAACAAAUCGCCUAGUCAGGCUUCGGAUGACUCGAGCACCUACGACACGAUUAAGUCGCAUACAAAGGCUAAUCUUCGUGCUGCACUGCACAACGUCGAGACGGCGGUCGAGGGCUCAGCAUCAAGGACAAAUAAGUCUGCCGGUGAUACUAUGCUACCAUCUUCCCCAUUGUCACCAGCAUCGACGUCAUCCAUUUUGCAGCUGCAUUUAGACAUUGCUGCGCCGCGCAUCCUCUUCCCCAGUCGCCUUUGGCCAAGUCAAGCGGAGUCUGAGGCGGAAAGAGAGGGAGGAGCGCCCUAUCCUCCACCUGAUCUUCUCGGUGUAAUCUGCGAUUUUGGACGCUUCCGGCUUUCCAAUUGGGAGCCGUCGAUUGCCGGCACUGUCGAUGGUUUUGAGAAAAUCAAACAGGCUCCAAGUUUUGCUGGGCAAGAGGGGGAAACUCUGAGUGAACUACAAAAAAAGACGAAUUUCAAUGAGGAUGAUGGAGACGAUGAGGAUGAAGAAUCAGAUAUAUUUGCAACACCCUGUGGUACACCCGUUCAAUCCGAUUCUGAGGCGCCCAGUCCAAAAAGGCCUCUCAUCCACUGGCUUUCUCUUCCACACUGCAGUCCAGUACCAAGCCCAAAGCGUCUUCCUGCCCGCCAACGCUCUUUCCGGAAGCGUUCACGGCGGAGUCGCAGACUUUAUGUAACCUACCUCCUGGAACUAGACGAAUUUCGCGUUCUAGCAGGACGCCUGGACGAACUGCAGGUAUCUGGUCUGUGGCCUGAUCUUCUUCCCAAGUCUUCAAUUUCAACUACUGUUGACGGUCGUCCUGUAACUCAAGUUGCCUCACAAGUCCACCUUGUGGACCGCUUUAGCUUGGCGAUUUGGAUCACUCGACGAGUGGUUCCAAUGGUGCAACUGCGCUCCUCUUCUACACUCAACAGUUCUGCUCCUCUUCCUCAACCUCCACCCACAAUUCCCAGUGACCUACCCGGUCUUCUGAUAUGUUUGGAGCAGCGUCACUGCGUUUUCCGUCUCUCUGAUGCUCGGGUCGCUGCAGUUCGCCUCUGUUUCGCUGCUGUCGCUUCAGCAGCAGCGGAGCAAAUAGAGGAGGUUACAGAGGGUUUUCAACAACCAUUACCGGCGCCAGUGCUACACAGUUCAGAGAUUCGACGAUCGAAACGCUCUAAACAGCAGAUUCAAACUCCUGCAACGGUGUCUGCUGUAUCAGAGCUACGGCGGACGAUUGUGGUCACUUUCAGCAUGCAUGAACUCAUCCUCCAACUUGACGCUCGAGAUCGCCCACUAGCGGAGUGUCGGUUGGCUUCCACCGCUGCUCGAUUUAGUCGAUCAACUGACUGGAUGCAUUCAACGACCACUUACGAGGUUUGCUUACAGGUGCACAGCCUCACAAUCGCUGAUGCUCUUUGCGGUUUCGGAGGAGAUUUUGACCUUUUGGCAGCAUCUCAUCGCAAUGUUCGAUUAGACACUCUCUCGGGCAAUCUGAACGUCAGCGGUGGUAGUGACAGUGCCUUCGCUAAGGGUCGCACCCGACAACAACUAAUACGCGGUAACAGCGGGAAUUUCGUUAUGACCCGACCCUUCUUUGACCCUAUUGCCGAUGGUGGUGAAGAUUCUUCUACGGCACUAAUUAGGGUGAAAUACUUCCAGUCGUCAAAAGGAAGGAAAACCUCCCGCCUUCUCGACGUCAAGUUCCGAAAUUUGGAUCUUUUGGGAAACUUGGACACACUCGUGGAGUUGGUCGCAUUCGUGCGUUGUGUCUUCCCGGUGUCGGAGCCCAAAAAUAAAGCCCGCAAUUUACUCUCUACCCACGCGGUCUCUGCGCCCGCUGAACUUGUCGAAAAUGGUUUUGGUGAUAGUAACAUAAAAACUAGCGACAGCUUGGAAAUGUUGAUAAGCGUGGAGCGACUCAGUCUCGUGUUGAUUCGUGUAAAGCCAGCGUCUGAGGUGGAGGACGCGGUGGAAGACAACGGUGUGGUGACGAAGAGCGAGGGGCAGUACUUAUCCCCUUUUCCAGCUGCCACCGCAGAACGCUUCGCCACCAUCACUCUCCUUGGUGUGCAUUUUCAGACACACGGUAACUACAACAACUUGCGUAUAAGCCUGGCCGGUCUACAGGUGCUGGAUUUGAUGAAUGCGGAUUCUAAUUCCAUAGCCUCGAACAGAGUAGAGCAUCGCCACAUCUUUGCCGCCGGUCGAUGCCUUGAUCCCGAGCUCCCUGAUGCUCUGCUCGCUUGGUCUGCUGCAAAGUCUGUUUUCACACUUACUGCACGCUGCCACAGUGCUUCUGGGUACCAUGUCUUGCUGGAGGUCUCUAGUCCUGUGUAUGUGCAUAAACCCCGUGCUUUGCACGAGAUCUCGGUUUGGUUUUCUCGUCUUUAUCACCGAAAUAUGGAGGUGGGUGUCCUGGCUCUCCGAUUGGCCAAAUCGGCAGUCAACUCCGCUGUUGCUGCUGCCACUGCGCCCCCACGACAGCAGAAGCAGAUAGCGUCAUCUCCUCCUCUGUCUUUACGUCUUGCCUCCCUCCACGCUGUAUUUGAGCAACCAGUAAUCGUGCUUCCCGCCGGUCCUGUCUCUCCUCACGUCUUCAUUGCUCGUCUUGGUCGCUUGACGCUGCGCAAUGGUCGGGAUGCUGACAAUGGCAGUGAAGGUGUCAAUAGUGGCGGUACUUUCGCUCCCUUAAGCUUUAUUCAACUGAGUGUGGCUCGGGCAUCUAUUUCUGCCCUUGAUGUUUCUGACGAGCAUGGAAUCCCGAGGGUGCGGGAUACCUCUGAGGCGGUGCAAGCGAUGCUUGUGCUCGCUCACUACCUUGGUCUUGUCACCUCACCUAUGGAACACUGUGUGUUGGAGGAUAUAUCUGCCGACAUAAUGGUGAGACGGCAGGUUCUCUCCAGACCACGAGGCGAAACGGAAUCGGACACGAUAAAUUGGCCAGUCGAUUUUAACCUAAUGGCGGCUAGCUUCCCCUUCGAUGAGGCUGGAAAGGCAGACGUUACAGAGGAGGCUUCAAACAAACAAGAGUUGUGGAUUACAAUAUCUGCUUGCCUCACACAGCCUCUCCACGUACGACUUUCAAAAAACGUCUACCAUCAGCUUCUACAGACUAUGGACUACCUUACUCACUGUGGGAAGACGGUUGAAGAGGACGACAGAAGUGGCGAUAGUUCAGCAUCUUCUCAAAAUUCCAGUAGAGAGCGGCUUAAUAAUGGGGUGGGUCGCUUGUCUGCAUGUCUAGCUAUCUACGUCUGAUUGUCACUUCUCUUUUUUCUUCAAAAGAUUUAUUCACAAGCUCCAAUAGGGGAAGCGGCUUCAGUUGUGAUGGUGCCGGGCAUAGCGAUGCGAUUCCGCAUGCCUCUAUUGGUGGUGGAGACCUUUACAGAGAUGAGUGGGGAAGCGCAUCCUCUGGGAUUGACCCGGCUAAGUCUUCGUGAAUUUUUCGUCACCGCCUCACUCAUACCUUCCACAUCCGUGGGCAACAUUGGCAGCGAUCUCACACGAAUUGAAGCCACACUGGCUUCACUGCUGUUGGAAAACCUUCUUCCGGGCUACAGUGAGGAGAAUCGCUAUCUUCUCUAUUCUCAUCCUCCAUCAAAGCUUCAACCAUCCCGAUCAUCACCAUGGACUUGUAAUCGUCGUCGACGUUCACUCACCGCCUCCUGUCCGAGCCUCAUUGAGAGCUCUUCCUGGACCGGUUUUACUGAUUCUGUUGCCAUUCCCUUCUCGAAAAGUCUUCAGAGAGCUCAUCCCUCAAUCAAUUUUGGCUUCUGUGAUAGCGAGAAAGAGGAGGAUAGAGUUGGCACGAAAUUGAUGCUGAGUGACAGAUGUAGGCGUCGUUCAUCAUUGCAACUUGGACACCUUCAACACCCAACUGAAGGGGAGGCGGGUAGUGGUGGGAAUGAUCAAUUUGUUCGAAUUCGUGUCCUUCUGGUGGAUCGGGACUCCCUUCUGUUCACCACAAAGUACCAAUCAACGCAUGCCUUUGUGGACGUGGCCUUCUCAUCUCUCACCUGCUACUUUAGUCUCCACCCCUGGGUGCUGCUGUUGGAUUUUCUUGGUUUAGGCUCGCCUCUCACUGCCUGCGAUGAAUUUGACACUCCAACAGCGUCUGUCACUCCUUCCUCCUCUUCUACUACUGCAUUAACUGUGCCUGCAGUAGACAAUAACUUCCAACAGGCUAAAGAUGCGGAAAAGUUGACAUCGGAAGUGGAAACGCUAACAGUAAUAACCCUGGGUGUCUCGACCUUCUCUCUUCUCCUCGACACCGUCUCUAAGGCCUCCUAUCCAGCGUCACCCCUUCUUCACGCCUCCGCCAGCAGCCUACAUCUCCGUCUAACUAGCCACAGCCGACCCAUUGAGGCCGGUGGCGAGUGGUUGCAUCUUACUGGCCGUCUUGCCUCUGCCUCAGUGCAUGAUCUUACCCAGCUGGGACGUCACCUUUAUCCUCAACGCUUCCUAGCUGGCAGUGGCCGAGGUGGUUGUGGAGAUUACCUCUUUUUUGCACUUACAAAAUACCAAUUACCUGACCCUGAUGUGACGAGACGUGCAGAAGAUGGGAGACUGGAGUUGCGACUGGGCCCGGCUUACUAUGUACACACACAGGAUUUCCUCGUCACAGUGAUUGAUACAUUGGAUAGUUUUUUACAGUACCAGGAUCUUAUGAAUAGAGUUAGAGCUUCGUCAGAAGGAUAUAAGGUUCGCCAGGGUGCACCCAUUUCAAUGCGCCUUCGACUGGACGUAAAAGCGGAGGCACCGAUUCUUGUGGUGCCUGUCUCCGCUGCCAGCGAGAAUGUCCUUGUUUGUAAUCUAGGCACUCUCACUGCUGUCAACGACUUCUGUUGGCAUACCAACGUUGUCAACAGUGAAGAUGGUGGUGAUCCUUCGCAUGAGACGCCGAGAGGUAGCACGCUUCAGCUUAAUCAACGACAGGCGUGCAAAUACUGCUCUAGUAAUGUUUGGUGGUGCGAUGACUCUGGGGAAGCCGGCUCGAAGGACGUAAUGACGCAAAGCUUCUACCCAACCUCAGCCAUUACUGACGAUGACUCUCGUUCCACCACUGAAGAUAUCGACAAAUCACCAUGUCUAUUGGAUUGUAUUCAGUUGAAUCUCGACCAAAUCGAAGUGUACAUAGGCAAACGACACGAUAAAACAGAUUCUGUCAACGUGGAGUGCUCUCGUGUCCUGUACUUCGACACCUUCUGUAUUCUGCCUGAGGCCGCGGCAUUGACCCAACUCUUUGGACUUAGCAUAGUGGUGGAACGAAAUUUGUGCGGGGGGCGGGGACAGCACGCGGUUCCCGAUUGGCGUCUCUCUGCGCGCCUCCGUCCAUCAUCGCCUCUACACAUUGGUCUUCGUGACUACACUCUUCUGCGAGGCAUCCUUGAACACAACAUCUCCGCUCCAUCUCGGUCAGCCGAUAGUACCGCCUCCGCCUCUGUUCUAGUUAAAUCCAAGUGGGAUGGUUCAGUUGGCGCUGUGAAUGAAGUAGGUCAAAUUAAUUUGCUGACAUCACUUCGAUUUCUUACCGCUUACUAUUUACAGAAUCGAGAGCCAAUGUACACCCGGCGACCGUAUAGAGUGCUGGCCUUCACCUUUGACCUUGUGGACGUUUCCAUCUACCUCUCUGUACCUUCGGAUUGGCCCUCUCAACGUCAUGUCAAAUCCAGUUCUAACUCUUCCUUCUGUCGUCUUGAUUUGACGCGCUCCCGCCUCUCCUAUGACAGCUUCUCCUGCGGUGGACACGUUAUCGACCUUGCUUGCACAGCUGUCACCUUCACUGACACGCGCUUUGAGAGCAACGAAACCAUUACCUCGCCUCAAUUUCGUGUAACUCAAGUGGUUACACCCGUGGGAGGCGACGUUGGAAACACCGCCUCUGCGACCACUUCCAGCAGCAUGACCUUCAUCCUACGCUCCAUGCGUCUCAUUCUUGCACUGGACUGGCUUGUGGAUUUGCAUCGCUUUCUCACCAUUCCGUCUAUGGCUCCCUAUGCCUCGACAUCCUCGUCGCCAACCGAUGGCCUCCUUCGUGGUGAUGGUGGAGUACAAAUGGGUGGGGAGGGCAACAACCGUGUAUUGAACCCGCUAAUCAUCGACACGAAUCAGGGCGAUGAGCAAAAGCGCUAUCCGGAGCCCCAGGGCACAUCAGACCUUCGUGUCUUCGCUGACCAGACGGAGUUCGUCAUCAUGGAUAAUUCUGCUCAGCUUGAAACAAACACUGUCAUUCUCAGUGGCGCAAUGUGUUUUCUGUUGCGUUCGGGUGGUGCACUGAGUCAGGCACUGAUGCAUCUCUGCCUUCAUGGCGUCGGUCUCUACACAGUUACCGGCUGCACAGACGACUCCCGUGCUGUCAUCGUCGAGCCCACAGAUCUUACCGUGGCUCUCAUACCUCCUGCCUCUCAAAAUAAACGUCAUCGUCAAUCUCCGUCACCAGUGUGUGGGGGUCUUCAGGAUCUCUUGGUGCCACGCGCCGAUCUUGAGGUGCGAACGUCAACUCUGCGAACCCAUUUCUCCUACACUGAUAGCCUGCUUUUCUUGGCUCUGCUGGAUUCGUUUAGGGAGCAGACGGCCUAUGCUUUUGGGUCUCCCAUCGCUACUACCAAUUGCGCUUUUGCAGCUCCUGUUGGCGCUGCUGACACAUCCAUUGACCAUUUAGUCGCAAAGCUCGUAGAGAUGGGUUUCUCGACGGAAGAGGCAGCGCAGGCUCUGCGCACCACUAGUGGACGCCUUGACGAAGCAAUCGCUGUCCUCGUCACACCUCAGCCACCUAAUGUACCCACUGAUCCGCCCCAUUCGCGUGUGGUCCUCUGGCUGCGCAGCCUUGUCGAUCAGUUGACACCGCAUGUCUCCAGCAUUAGCUUCUACUCGGACUUCUCGUUGUGUCUCAUUGACGACUGCAUGGAUGCGGACGUUCCGCUGGCAGAGGUUACUAUCUCAGGUUGGUUUAUGAACUUCGGUCUUGCGUUCCACGGAUGCUUGGUUCAACACUAUGCUUUGGAUCCGGCUCAGGACUACUUGAGACGGUGUUUGGGUGAUCAAACUCUUCUUCUAAAUCCUUACCUAGACAUUUCGUUAAAUUGGAGCCUCACUGGCUGGGCUGUCGGACGCGCAAUGGGUAAAUUGGCGGUGAGGUACUACAACCGUGACCUUUCCGCCCUAGAACCUGCCAUCGAGCCGUUUCGAUGCAUCUGUCACUGGCGUCUUUGUGAUUGUGGUUCCUCGAAAGGCGAUCGCGCUAUCAUCGAGUUGCAUUCUCCGGAUACGAUAAACGUCAAUCUGACAGUGGCUUUGGUGCGUCUUACCCAACUGGUAAUCCAAAAGACGCAAUCGACACGGCUUGAUCGUCAACUUCGUUCUCACCGGCGUCGCCAUCGAGCGCCAUUUGUACCCUUCUGCCUCUCAAAUCAGACUGGGGAGAAACUACGCUUCAAGAGGGCCACCGCCUCCUCAUGCUUUGGCACUGAUGACGACGAGGGUGAGUGGACCGUCAUGGACGUGGAUGCUUGCGUGGAGCUUCCCUUCCAGUCUGCCCUGGCGGCUACGGGUCGGGGUCAGAUUCAAGUUCAAGACUCCGGUCGAAUUUCUCAUGGUAGUUUUACAACGACUCCACGACUAUUCCUCCAGGUGGAAGGCUGGACACCCGCCUACCCGGUAGCACUGGACAGGCUCGGUGUAUUUUGGCGAACUAUUCGUUUGCAGAAGAGACAGAACCAUAAAAUGUCACCAGUGACUCGUCUGGUGAUCGAGAUAGUACGCCGCGGUUCCGCGCAGAACGUUGUAAUCGUACGUUCUGGUCUAACACUCACCAACCGGCUUUCACCCCAUCUUGCGCUCGAGGUUGGUCUUGCUUAUGCUCCUCCCCUUCCGUCAUCCUCUGCCAUUGCCUCUGCUGUCGAAUUGUCUGGCACAGCGGCAUUGGUGGUGCGUAGUGGAGUUCGACUGGCCUUCGGUGAGACCCGCGCCCUUCCUCUAAGUUUGGCUGCGCGUAGCAACGGAGACGGAAGCGAAAGGCUUUGUUUCCGACCUGUUUGCGUUACAAAUGGGGGCACCGAUGAUACCUCUCAUUCUGAUGUUAUUUUUGAUUGGUCGCAGCAACUUUGCGUUCAGCACUUUGAAAAUAGCGGAACCAGGGAAGUUGAGAUGAAAUUUCCUGCAACAUUGGAGGAGGUGAUGGACUGGAGGCGGCUCACUAACCCUGGCGAUUUCGAUGAGUGUGUAAUGGUCUGUCGGAGGCUUAAAUCUGGCAGCGAAAUCGGUCUCUACUCAGCCACCGUUGCUUCUCCAAACCGCUCAACAACGCGUCCUGCUCCGAGGCAACUGCCCUGGCUUUUUUGCGUUACUGCUGUUCGUGACUCCUUUCCGCCUGAUCCGCUCUUUCGCGAAGUGUCUCUCGUCUUACCUGGUCAUCAUCUAACUGUGGGACCAGCGCUUCGCAUCGUGAAUCUCUUACCUUGCGAUCUGACUUACUUUGUCGAGGGUACACACAUCCGUUCUCGUCUUCCUGCCAACAAGGCUGCCUCGGUAUUCGAGGUCAGCUGCACCAGUACACUUCGAUUCGGUGUGCAUUUGGAGAACUUUCAGCACUGCAAAUCCAUUCACAUUCCUCCUGCCACUUUUUCUGACACUGUCCUCAUCAAUCUCUUCGACCAAUUUGGAAGACUGCUUCAAAUUAAGGCAGAGGUGUACACUCGGGCUCUUGGUGCCCGUCAUAUAACACUCUCCGCAGUAUGUUGGCUUAUCAAUCAUUCGGGUCUCCCGCUAGUCUUUGCUGCACAAGCGCCCUCUUCCCUCGCCUCUCCUUCAGAGUGGCAGGCUCCUGGAUCGCCGGAACAUCGGUUGCUAACUGCAGGACAGUCAGAAGAGCAGGAAGUGGCACGGCUUGCUUCGCCUCUCCUUUUUUCUCCGGUUACAACUGACACUAUCUCAGGCAACUCCGCCGGAAUCAGUGUUGGAGAUGGCAGUGUCGGAGGUGGAGGUGGUACAAGUAGUAAUGGCCGAUCACAUCUUUCGUGGAGUCUGCAAGUUCGUCUUGGUGCUCUCUACCAACCCUCAGAGGGUAUUGGGAGAGAGGAUGUUGCUUGGUUACCGCGGUGGAGUUCACCGGUAGCACUAAACAAGAGUGGAGAGGCGCUGAUGCUGCGCUUGAAAGCGGCUGGAAUGGAGUCUCGCCCCGACCUGCUCUACAGUGUUGGUGUAGAGGUCCGAAAUGGUGUUGGUCUCCACGGUAUGACGACGAUUGUCACAUUUGUGCCUCGCUUCAUGAUCAGCAAUCAGACCAACUUUCAACUACAGUUUGCACAAAGAUUCUCUCUGGACUCCACAACGCUUAAACCUAUGGACAUUCAUCCACAGUGCAACGUACCCUUUCACUGGCCUCGGCAAGAUCUGGAUCAGCUCCUCUGCUUUCGCGCUUUCAUUGGUGACGAGAUUUGGCCAUCUGAUUGCCAUGCAGACGUUGCUCUCAUUGCUACUCACUGGUCAGGUGGAGUGCAGAUUGAUAAGCCUCGGUCCUACCACCUCAUGCUGCGGAUGCCUACUCGCCCUCAAACGAGGUCUUGCACAUCAUCGAUGUCAUCUCUAGCCGAGUCACUUUUUCUUCGCAUUGAUGUGGUACUUCGUAGUGCCACCCUCUUUGUCAUCAUCAGCGACGCUACUCAUCUGCCUCCUCCAUAUCGAAUCGAGAAUCGUAGUCCUGUCGCUCUUUAUUACCAACAAUCCAUCGAUAGUAGUGGAUUUGAGGGUCUGCCACCUCCAUCACCCACCUCUACAAAUGCUACUGCUAGGCAAUGGUCUGGCAGUAUUCGUCUAAAUCUCCUUCCACCUCGAUCAAUGGUCAAUUAUGCACCAGAAGAGCCCCUCCUCCCUCCUUAUCUCUCCGUUGGGGUUCAGGGUGAUUUAAACAAUUUCUACGAUCUGUCUAAGCCGGGACCGGGCUCUCGUUUGGUCUACGACAAUUGUGUCUACAUUGGUGUCAGCGGCGUCGCUGGUGACAGUAAUCGAUGCAUUCCAGACUCUCAAACUAGUCAAGACUUGGGAGGCUAUUCUCCUGUCCUUGAUGUGAUCGUUGAAUCUGAGAAGGUACGGCGAGUGGUGUUACGCAGGAAUCGACCCGGUGACCGCUCCCAGCUCUGGUAUCUUUCUAGUCAAGGGUUCCUAGUUCACGAAGGUUCUACAGCUCCGCAAGCCCCAAUACGCCGACGUGGGCGCCUACUUUCAAAACGAAACAGCUGGGUUCUAGAUAUAGACACCUCGGAGAUGGCAUUGGAGGAGGCGCUGAUGCAGCAUCCUCUGGAUUCAGGUACACUUGAAAACUUUGAACUUGGGAUUCUUUGUUUGGCUCGGCUUACUUCUCGUCGUAAGAAUACUCAGACUUGGAGGUUUGAUCGCGGAUUCCUUAUCAAUGCGGCAUCAUUCUGCGUACAAGCACUGCGUAGGCACUGGAAAGUAGGCUCCGCUCCUCCCGACUUUGUCUUUGUUGCGCGUCCACGAGUUCGUGGGAUCAGCAGUGAAGGAAAGAGAGGAGUAAAAGGAGAACGCCAGAGUCUGGUAAGUGAAAGCCUCGGAGCGGCUCGGAUCUACCACCACUGGCUGAGACCUGGAUCCGGUUCUCUUGAUGUGGAAGUGCUCACGGAUGGUCCAGUCCGAGUUCUGCGUAUCUCUGAUCCUCAAGAACCUAUUCAAGACAUUCCAGCUUUAUCCUUCCGAUCUCAUAAACAUUCUUUUGUUGCUUCUACCCACCUCCGUCUCCUUCUCGAUCUACCUUCGGGUAUUGGUGUGUCAGUGAUCUCUGCACGGUGCGAAGAACUUUGCUAUGCAAGUCUUCUGGGUUUGCGCUUUGCUAUGGAACGGUACUAUCCAAGUUAUGGACCAAUUGAUGCUGGGAGGGAGGUCACGGAAGUCGAAGUUGCCGAUGAUGGAGAUGCUGUAUUCAUAGACGUUCCAGACCAAUCUCGAGGUUGUGAUAGCAGUAUUGGAGUCGGAGACGAGGUUGUAAGCUCAUUUGCCGCAGAGGGUCGUCCAAUUGAGGAGCUCCGCCUCCAGCUAGGGAAAAUUCAGAUCGAUAAUCAGAUUGCAGGAGCGUCUCUACCAGUUCUGCUGUUCCAUGUAUCGCCUGUUAAGUCUCCCACUGCUGCCACUAGUUCUAAGAAGGUAUCAAAAGGCGUAGUAGAAGGUCGACUGCUUCGCCCUUCUGAAGGUGGUGAUGACAUUAAUGGACGUGAAUUGGAGCAUCUUUUCCAAACUGGGAACGAGUCAGUACAUACCACGUCGAAGUUGGAUCAAGUGAUCGUGACUUGGCCAAAUCUCACAAUGCGAUCUCUUAGACUUCUUCACACCGGAUGGAGGGCGGAAAUCUUCGCAUUGUUAGAAGUAAAAUUGGAUCGAAUGGUGAUGCAAGCGGAGGAGCUAUUGUUGUUGAAACUGAUUCAGUUUAGCCGACACUUCUGGACUUCUUCGCCCCCUGCAAUCUUGUCGACGGAGGAUGUGAGAUCGGUAGACUUUCUCCAUCAGGCUGCCCUUGAGGCUGAGGGUAGCUACUCCAGACAAAUCUCACCUCCAAGCAUUUCAUCUGACGACUUCCUCUAUUUCGAUCGUCUCCGAGUCCUCUUCUCACCGAUUCGUGUGACUAUGCAGACAGCGGAAGGACGUUUGGGUCCCGAGUUUUACGAUGUUCAUCGCCUUUUACCAAAACUCAUGUCGUUUACUGAUGCGGACAUACGGUUGGUUCAUCCGUCCAUCUGCUUCUCCACCCCACUGUCUGUUCAUCCAGGCGAGUUCAUGCGUGAGCACUGUCUGGAGUCGAGCCGCUUCUUGAUCGAGCAGCUCUCUCAACACUUUGAGGCACGACUGCGGGCGCAGACCCUGCGCAUCUUCGGAUCAGUGGAUGUUUUGGGCAACCCCCUUGGGCUGAUGUCCGACAUCUCCUCGGGUAUCUGCGACUUAGCUGACAUGGAUUUCUCGGGCCUUGUGCGCAAUGUCGCUCAUGGUGUCGGCGAUAGUACUGCUAAGGCGUGUCUCUCUCAUUUGCUAUUGGGCUUUUUUAAAAUAGUUUCUGAUGUACACCAAUUACUUUCUCUAAAGGUGGUAGGAAGUGUAUCUCAAUUGGUGCACACCCUCUCCAUGGAUGAAAACCAUCAACUCAGACGUCGCGCAAUCAUGGGAACACCACGGCAAUGUCCAGGCUCUGGUGCUUAUCUCGCCUCUCCUUACAUCACUGCUGCUUACGCUGCUACGUCGAGAGCCGUAGAGGGGGUGGCAGAGGAACGUCUUGACGACUUUGAGGUCACAGCGUUGUUUUCGGGCAAAUUGGCAGAGGGUAAGCAGAGUGGUGGUAGUCGUGAUAGUCUCUUCGACCAAACAGCACCGUUCCGUGCCGGAUUACGUGGCUUUGUGCAUGGCAUGGUGGGCGGUGUCACCUCCAUGGUCACUCAACCCAUUCAUGGUGCCUGCGAAGAGGACGGCCUCAAGGGUUUCGUCUACGGUGUGGGCAGAGGCCUUAUAGGCACAGUGACAAAGCCUGUGGGCGGAGUCCUUGACCUUGUCUCAGGUGCAAUGACAUCACUGCGUGAGGCCGCCCGUCCCUCCUCCACCGGACGUCCGCUUCGAAUGCGUCCGCGAAGAGCGCUUUCCAUGCCAUUGCGCGCCUACUCUCUCGGCGCAGCUGUGGGCCAAUUGUUGUUGCGACGUCUCAGUGUGCAUUCUUACACGAUCGCCCACGAGCCCGCCGCUGUGGUCAUAGUCUCCCUAGACGAUCUUAAAGACUCCGAAGGUUGCUCGGUGAAUCGGUUGCUAAAGGCUUCAAGGCAGCAAUGGGAAGAGGAGAGACCAGAAAUGGUGAUUUGUGUACUUAAAUGCCAAUUAGCUGCGGUCAGUGUUAUUGUCACUGAUCGCGCUGUCUGGUGUAUCCGAAAUUUUACGCUCCAUGGUGUGAAGCGUACCCCAGACUCAUUCUUCGGUAAUGAAGAUCGUGAUGCUACGAAUGUGAUGUUCGUUGUACCUUACUUCUACCUCAAAAGCGUGCGCCUGUCUCAACGUGUACCUGGUAAAGAGAAGUCAGGUGGACCGCAGGGAUUUAUACCGUCGGGUGCUGCUGAGUCAGCAGGCUCUUCCUACUUAGAGUUUCAGCUCGAACGGCGGCAACGCGAGUUACGUUUCGAUCGCGCAGAUUGGGCACAGGAGGUGCUGGCAGAAGUGUCAGAAGCACAUUUUCGAUAUGUGCAAAGCUUAAUGGAGCUGCGACGCGAUCGGUCGGUAGAUUUGGCGUUGCAAUCACACCCUUUGGCCCUACCUUUUGGACCACCGUUCGUUGACGCUACGCACUUUGCUCAAAUGGGCGAAUGUAAAGAAUGUGAGAAUGAGUAG